AGAAGUGAUCAUUGGAAGAAACAGAAUGUUAUUAGUGUUUCAGUGGGAAUAUAAAAUAAGUAUUUGUAAGUGUGAUAUGAUGACGUAAUUGUUAUCCGACUAAACCUAAAGUCUUCUCAACGACCUCAACAUUUCAUCCAGUCGUGUUCUUUCAGCUUUGAAGGCUGUAAGGAUGAAGCUGUUUAUCGUUUCAACGUUAGCCAUUUGGCUUUUGUUAGCAUAUUUAAAUAAUGAAGUUAGUGCUGUAGAUCCUCAUGAGCAUAAUAAAGUGGUUUGCUACUGGAAUUCCACUUCCUUUGAACGUCAAGGACCUGGAAAGUUUAUUGUCGAAGACCUUCGACCGGCUUUGUCACUAUGUACACAUUUAAUUUACGGAUUUGCUGGAAUUGAUGCAAAUACUUUUAAAAUUGUUCCAUUAAAUCGAAAUUUGGACACUGGCGAUGGAUAUGCAUUUUAUAGAAUGGUAACACAAAUGAAAAGGAAUUUCCCCGAUCUCAAAGUUUAUCUUGGAGUUGGUGGUAAUGCUGAUCCAUACGAGGAAACACAUAAAUAUUUAACUCUCACUGAAACUUCAGAGGCGAGAACAAAAUUUAUUAAUUCAGUUGGUGAAAUUUUAUCAGACUAUGAAUUUGAUGGUAUUGAUUUGGGAUGGCAAUUUCCACCAGUUAAAGUAAAGAAAGAACGCGGUACAUUUAGUUCAAUUUGGCAUAAAGUGAAAAAAACUUUUGGCUAUGGAAAAUUUAAAGAUGAAAAAGAACAGGAGCAUCGCGAUGGUUUUACAGUGCUUGUUCGUGAUUUGAAAAAUCAACUUCGUGCUAGAAAUAAGGCACUUACAUUAACAGUUUUGCCACAUGUUAAUUCGAGUGUUUAUUACGACGUGAGACUUUUGGCACCGAGUUUGGAUGCUGUUCAUUUGUUGACAUUUGAUCAAAAAACUCCGGAACGUAAUCCCAAGGAAGCCGAUUUUCCAGCUCCACUUUAUGAAAGCUACGGACGUGUUUCCGAUGAUAAUGUCGACUAUCAAACGAGAAAUUGGUUGGAAAAUGGAAUGCCGGGAAGUAAAAUUGUAAUUGGUAUUCCAACAUUUGGACGCACUUGGAAAUUAACAUCGGAAAGUGAAGUUUCGGGUGUACCACCACUUCAUGCCGAUGGUCCAGGUGCUGAGGGUCCACAUACUCACAUACCAGGAAUUCUUGGUUACGCUGAAAUUUGUUCAAGAAUAUUGGAAAGUGCCGUUGAUCGUUUAAGAAGAGUUGGCGAUCCAUCGAAAAAAUAUGGCAGUUAUGCUUAUAAAAAAUAUAAUGAUCAAACAGGAGAGGAAGGAAUUUGGGUUGGUUACGAAGAUGUCGAUACAGCUGGAAAUAAAGCACUUUACGUUAAGGCCAAAGGAUUAGGUGGUGUGGCAAUUUUUGAAUUGUCCUUGGAUGAUUUCCGUGGAAUUUGCAAUGGUGACAAAUUUCCAAUUGUCAGAGCUGCUAAAUUUAAAUUGUAAAAAAGAAAAUAAAAUUUCAGAUUUUUUGAAAAAUUAAAAAAAAAAUUAAUUUUAAAAUUUAAUUGUAAAAAAAUAAUUUUAAAAUUUAAUUGUAAAAAAAAAAUUUUUAUUAUAUUAUAAUAAAUGUUGAUGAUUUUUAAAAAUUA